GGGGUAACAACGCUGACUUACUUGAUUUGAAGGUGUAUAUUCAUGAAGCAAUGAGCCUCGCCGGUGCUUUUAAUCUGGCGGAUGUCGUGCCUUGGCUUGGGCGAUUUGAUCUUCAGGGACUGAAACGAGCCAUCACAAAAAUCGGUAAAGCAUUUGACGAGAUACUAGAGAAGAUAAUUGAAGAGCAUGAAGAUGCUAUUAACUCACCAAAGGACCGACAAGACUUCAUAGACAUACUGCUCUCAUUGAUACACCACACCGUGGACGGACAAAACUAUGGCAUUGAACGAACUAACAUUAAGGCUAUUGCACUGGACAUGAUUGCUGGGGCAUUCGAAACUUCUACCUCUGUCAUUUUGUGGGCCUUAUCUUCACUAAUAAGGCAUCCUAGGGUUAUGAAAACCCUUCAAGAAGAGCUGGAAACUGUGGUUGGAAGGAACAAAAUGGUGGAAGAGACAGACUUAGCAAAGCUUCAUUAUUUAGAUAUGGUGAUCAAGGAGACCCUGAGAUUAUACCCUGCAGGAGCAUUGACCCCUCGAGAGUCAACGGAGGAUGCGGUAGUUGGUGGUUACUAUGUGAAGAAAAACACUCGAGUUCUAAUCAAUAUGUGGGCUGUAGGAAGAGAUCCUAAGGUCUGGUUUAAUGCCGAAGAUUUCUGUCCGGAGAGGUUUGUCGAGAAGAACGUUGACUUUCGAGGACUUGACUUUGAGUUCAUACCGUUUGGAUCUGGUCGCAGAGGAUGUCCUGGUAUACACAUGGGUUUGGUUACAGUUAAAUUCGUUGUAGCUCAAUUGGUUCAUUGCUUUAAUUGGGAGCUUCCGUUGGGACAGGAUCCGAAUCAAUUGGACAUGAGUGAGAAAUUUGGCUUGUCACUCCCAAGAGCCAAGAACCUGUAUGCUGUGCCGACUUCUCGCAUUAAGCCCCAUUAAAACUUGUUUGGAGUGCCCUGUACCGAUGUACAAUAAAUAUGAUAUGUAGAAUGGCUUGUUUAAUACUACCUCCGAUCUUAAUUA